CCCCACCCAGUAUUGUGCGCAGAAUUAUAAAAAUCGCGCCCUAGAGUGGGUACCCUAUGCAGAACGCACAGCAGCAGAAAGACGCCAGAGGACAACUUCUAUCCAAACUAUAAUUUAAACCCUCAAGUCAAUAUGCAUCCUAACUUGGGUACCUGGCUGGGCGCAGUGACGCUCCUCGUCUGGACCUUCAUAUGCAUCGGGACCCUUGCGGAAGGCUACCCGGUCAAACCCGAAAAUCCCGGCGAAGAUGCGCCCGCGGAGGAACUGGCCAAGUAUUACUCCGCUCUCAGACAUUACAUCAACCUCAUCACAAGGCAGAGGUAUGGGAAGAGGUCCAGCCCUGACACACUGGACACACUGAUCUCAGAAUUGCUGCUGAAGGAGAGCACAGACACGCUCCCACAGUCCAGAUAUGAUGAACCAUCGUUGUGGUAAUAGUGUCUGUCCCGGCCCAACACCCGGGCUCAUCGUCGCGGCAACAAGCAACUGAUCUCACCAACAUGGCCGCCUCACCAUGGCCGAUGUCCCAUCCUAACAACCCCAAUGGGUUUCAUGAGUAUGCAUCCCCCUCUCUCCCCAUCCUCCAUCCAGAGGCCAGAUAACUGUUCAGGGUCUUAUGAAAGUCGUUAUCUGUGCAUUGUUAUUCUAAAUCAGGGGAGAGAAUUAUUGAUUGUAUGGUCAAAACUGUGCUAUUAAAUAUGAAUUAUAUAACGGA